AUGACAUACACCAGGCUGACACGGAGAGACGAGGCACAGAAACUCUACUACUUUGAAAACUUCACACUGGAGCUCAAAGACAAGGUAUUACACAGAGAUAUGAUGAUAACUGCCAAAAAUGGUAAAAAAAUGAGAGCUCUCAAAGUUUUCUCUGAGAGUCUAAAGUUCAUGAAAGAUCACGCUUUGGACGUGAUUGAUCGACACACAUCUGGAGUGAAGUACUCUGCCUCUGAUGCUACAUGGGUUUUGACAGUUCCAGUCAUUUGGAGUUCAGCAGCUAAACAGUUCAUGAGAGAAACAGCUACAGAGGCUGGUCUGGUGACAGAAUCUGAUCCUGAAAGACUGAUUGUAGCUCUGGAAUCAGAAGCUGCAGGUGUUUGGUGUAAACAGCUCCCAAAGGAAGGUUUUAUGGAAGGAGAUCUUACAGAAGCAGAGACCGUAGAGCAGAUCUCAGAAACACAGUACAUGGUGGUGGACUGUGGAGAUGAAAGCAUCGACAUCACAGUCCAUAAAAUGGUGGAUGGAGGUCGUCUAAAGGAGCUGCACAGGGUAUCAGGAAAUGACAUGGGUGGACAGAGAGUGGACAAGAACUUCAUAUCAUUCCUCAGAGAGAUAUUCUCUGACAAAGUGUUUGAUGAGUUUGAGAAAAGUUCUCCCAGUGAGCUGAAGAGGUUGAUGUAUGAUUUUUCUAUCUGUAAGCGUUAUGACGGAGAGGUGAUGGUGCAGUGUCCUUAUAAUCUACAACAGCUAGCCGGGAAAGUAAAAGACAUAGAAGAUUAUUUUGAGGGAAACAGCGAUGCUGAAUGGGAAAGUGGCCAAAUACUGCUGUCAGGGGCAAAGCUGAGAGCUCUACAUGAUGACAGUCUCAGAGGCAUAGAAAGCCUGAUAGAAGAAAUACUGGAAAAAUGCAACCUGAACAUCAGAUAUAUCGUCUUAGCUGGAGGCUUCGCCUUGAAUCCUUAUGUGAACAGCUUUGUUAAAGAGAAGUUUGGGUCAAAGUACAAGGUGCUCCGCCCUGUGGAUGCCGCGUUGGCUGUUGUGAAUGGAGCUGCUCUGCUUGGAUCCAUGCCGAACGUGGUUGAAUCAUGAAUCUGAGUACUGUGAUGUUUGCUUUCACUGCCUGGGAAUAUAUUUGAUGAAGGUAAAGGGUUCACCUUUACUGCCGCUGAUUUAGCACUGUUAGUGUGAAAUCUGAUCAAAUAACUGGAUUCAGUUGUGGUCAUUUUAAACAUAUUUAUAAUCUUUGGGGUUUGUCACUUGUAAUGCAACUUAUUGAGAGUAUAUUAAUAAGUAUGUUUGUUUGUUCUGUAUUUACCUCUUCUUUAUAAAUUCUUGUGUAAAAAUGAAAGAGUACCUGGGAUCAAGUGAAUUGCAAAAUAAACCUAAUUUAUUACAAACAAUGUGUGCAAGAGAUCCUGU